GAGGGGGAGGGGCGAGGUCGGAGCCGGAAGUGACUGUGGCCGCCUGGGUAAUUUCACUUCAGCUUUACAGUCUUCAGAGUGAAGUUUGCCACUGGCACCGUUGUCCCUCAGACCCCUGUAGGCAAAAGGCGGAGAGGGGUUGGCAGCGGGGACUCUGUUGCUGCGGCCCUUUCCUGGAACAUUAAUCAGACCACCGCCCAGAGCUCUAUUUGAGCAGCUGUGCCUGGAGCGCCCGGCGUCCCUCCCAGGAACUGUUGACAUUCAAGGACGUGUCUUUAGAAUUCUCUAUGGAUGAGUGGGCCUGCCUGGACCCUGCUCAGCAGACUUUGUAUUGGGACGUCAUGUUGGAGAACUACGGACACCUGGUCUUUCUAGGUCUUACCCUCUCUAAGCCCGACUUCAUCACCUGUCUGGAGCAAAGCAAAGAACCCUGGAAAGUGAAGACGCACCAGACAGUAGUCAAGCCCCCAGCUGUAUCUAACCAUCCUGACCAAGAGCAUUUGCAAGAUUUUGACACAAAUAUUUUAUUCCCAGAGAUACUCCUGAGAAGAUAUCAAAGUUGUGCCCCUGACAAACUAAACUUAACAAAAAACUCGGCAAGUGUGUCAGAAUGUAAGCAGCAGAAAGUAUGUGACAGUGGCCUUGGCCAAUGUUUAAUGGCUACCCAUACCAAAAUCUUCCAAUGUAGUAAAUGUUUGAAAGUCUUCACACAAUUGUCAAAUCUAAGUAGAAAUAAGAUGAUUCAUACAAAAGGGAAAACAUUUCACUGUAUAAAGUAUGGGAAAGCCUCUAACCCAUGCUCACAUGUUACUAAACCUAAGAUAAUUUAUGAAGGAGAAAAGCAGUACAAAUGUAGCAAAGUCUUCAAAUCUAACUCAAACGUGUCUAAGCAUAAGAGAAGUCAUACGGAAGAGAAACGCUACAAGUAUGAAAAUGAUGGCAAAUGUUUUAAUCUCAGAUCAAAAUAUUGUAACCAUGAGAGUACUGAUAGUGGAAGAAAACCCUACAACUAUGAAGACUGCGACAAACUUAUAAAACAGUACUCAAACAUUUCUGAACAUAUAAGAAUUCAUUCUGGAGAGAAACUCUACAAAUGUCAAGAAUGUGCCAAAGCCUUUAACCGGUACUCAUACCUUUGUGAACAACAAAGAAGUCAUUCUGCAGAGAAACCCUACAAAUGUCAACAAUGUGGCAAAGUGUUUAAUAAUAAUUCAGACGUUACUAAACAUAAAAGAAUUCAUUCUGGUGAGAAACUCUACAAAUGUCAAGAAUGUGAUAAAGCCUUUAAGCAUAACUCAAGUCUUACUGUACAUCAAAGAAUUCAUUCUGGAGAGAAACUCUACAAAUGUCAAGAAUGUGCCAAGGUCUUUAUCAGGUACUCAUACCUUUCUGAACAUCAAAGAACUCAUUCAGGAGAGAAACCCUACAAAUGUCAACAAUGUGGCAAAGCAUUUACUUAUAGUUCCUCCCUUACUAAUCAUCAAAGAAUUCAUUCUGGCGAGAAACUCUACAAAUGUCAAGAAUGUGAUAAAGCCUUUAAGCAUAACUCAAGUCUUACUGUACAUCAAAGAAUUCAUUCUGGAGAGAAACUCUACAAAUGUCACGAAUGUGCCAAGGCCUUUAUCAGGUAUUCAUACCUUUCUGAACAUCAAAGAACUCAUUCUGGAGAGAAACCCUACAAAUGUCAACAAUGUGGCAAAGCAUUUACUUAUAGUUCAUCCCUUACUAAUCAUCAAAGAAUUCAUUCUGGAGAGAAACCCUACAAAUGUCAACAAUGUGGCAAAGCAUUUAAUAAUAAUUCAGAUCUUACUAGACAUAAAAGAAUUCAUUCUGGAGAGAAACCCUACAAAUGUCAACCAUGUGGAAAAGCCUUUCACCAUUACUCAGGCCUUUCUGAAUAUCACAAAAUUCAUUCUGGGGAGAGACCCUAUAAAUGUCAACAAUGUGGCAAAGGGUUUAAGGGGUACUCAAACCUUUCUACACAUCAAAGAAUUCAUUCUGGAGAGAAACCCUACAAAUGUCAACAAUGUGGCAAAGCCUUUAUUUUUAGUUCAUUCCUUACUAAUCAUCAAAGAAGUCACUCUGGAGAGAAACCCUACAAGUGUCAAAAAUGUGGCAAAGCCUUUAAGUGGUACUCAAACCUUUCUACACAUCAAAGAAUUCAUUCUGGAGAGAAGCCAUACAAAUGUCAACAAUGUGGCAAAGCAUUUACUUAUAGUUCAUCUCUUACUAAACAUCAAAGAAUUCAUUCUGGAGAGAAACCAUACAAAUGUCAACAAUGUGGCAAAGCAUUUAAUAAUAGUUCAGACCUUACUAAACAUAAAAGAAUUCAUUCUGGAGAGAAACCCUACAAAUGUCAACAAUGUGGAAAAGCCUUUCACCAAUACUCAGGCCUUUCUGAACAUCAAAAAAUUCAUUCUGGAGAGAAACCCUACAAAUGUCAACAAUGUGGCAAAGCGUUUAAUAAUAAUUCAGAUCUUACUAGACAUCAAAGAAUUCAUUCUGGAGAGAGACCCUACAAAUGUCAACAAUGUGGCAAAUCUUUUAAACAGCACUCAAACCUUUCUAAACAUCAAAGAAUUCAUUCUGGAGAGAAACCCUACAAAUGUGAACAAUGUGACAAAGCCUUUAUUUUUAGUUCAUUCCUUACUAUUCAUCAAAGAAGUCACUCUGUAGAGAAACUGUACAAGUGUCAAAAAUGUGGCAAAGCCUUUAACCAGUACUCAAACCUUUCUACACAUCAAAGAAUUCAUUCUGGAGAGAAACCCUACAAAUGCCAAUAAUGUGGCAAAGCCUUUAACCCUUAUUCAAACCUUUCUACACAUCAAAAAAUUCAUUCUUUAGAGAAACACUACAAAUGUCUGCAUGGGGGCAAAGCCUUUAACAAGCAUUCACACUUUUAUAGACAUCAAAUAAUUCAUUCUGAAGAGAAACCCAAGAAAUGUUAAGAAUGUGGUAAAGCUUUUCACCAGUACUCAUGCCUUUCUCAACAUCAAAUAUUUCAUUCCGGAGAGAAACCUUACAAAUGUCAAGAAUGUCAUAAACCCGUUACCCAGUGCUCAAACCUUUCUGUAUAUCAUGUAAUUCAUUCUUGAGACAAAUCUCACAAAUGCCAAGUAUGUGGCAAAGCCUUUAACCAAUACUCAGGCUUUUCUGAACAUAAAAGAAUUCAUUCUGCAGAGAAACCCUACAAGUGUGAAGAAUGUGACAAAGCCUUUAAUCAGUAUAUGAAACUUUUUUCAUAUACUAAAAGAAUUCAUUCUGAAAAGAAACCUUAUGAACAGUGUGGGAAACCCUUUGUUUCAUGUCCAAACCUCACUGUACAUAAAAUAAAUCAUACAGGAGAGAAACCCUUGAAAUAUGAAGAAUAUUGUAGUACCUUUACCCAGUGUUGAUAAGUUGCUAAGCAUAAAAUAAUUCACACUGGUGAGAACUCCCACAACUGUGAACAGUGCAGCAAUUCCUGUAACUGGAACUCAAACCUUCCUAUACAUAGCAAAAUUCAUAUUGGAGAGAAAUCUUACAGAUGUGAAUAAUGUGGCAAAGGUUUGUGCUGGUUUUCAGCAUUUAGUAAACAUCAGAGAAAUUGUCCCAGAGAAAUAAUGUAACAAUAUGAAGAUGUGGCAAACCCUAAUGCCUGUAGUUACACUUUUCUGUAGAAAUAGAAAUAGAAUUCAUGUUGAAGAGAAACACUACAAAGUGAAGAACUUGACAAAUGUUUAACUUGUGCCCAAACCAUUGUGUAAAUGAAAAAUGUAUAAAAGAGAAAUCCCUGUCAAAUGUGAAGAAAGUUUUGAAUCCUAUAAGCAGGAUUCAGUAUAUUUCACAUUUUCAGUACAUAGAAGAAUUCAUAGAAAAAUUGUAUAUAUGUGAAGAAUGUGACGAUGUUUUUAAAUAUUUCUCAUGCUUUUCUAAUAAUUCAUAUGAAAGAAAUACUCUAUAAAUGUCAAUCAUGUCUCAGAGCCUUAAAGUUGUGUUUGUCCUGGUAGGUAGGGCUAAGAAGAGACAGGGUCAGGUGAUACUAGGAGAUCCUUUGUCCAUCAUAAGAAUAAAACAAUGAGCAGAGGGGGCUUCCAUGAAAGAGAAGUUGGCAUUUAAAGAAGGCUUCUGAAAAGCGAACUGAUGUUUGCUCUACAAAAAUGACUCUCAGAGGUAGAGAGGCCACAAUGUGUAGAUACGGCCAAGGCCACAAAAAGGGAUGUUUGGAGCAUGGGUUCAAGUAAUGUGACUGUAAGCUCAAGUGAUCUGUUUUCAUUAACACAGUGCAAUUUACACCAGUUCUAUCACACUGAACAAGUACAAUGAUAACUUCUGGAAAUUGCCUUACAGGGAUAGUAAAUGGAAAGGUGCUCCUUUCUGUAAGUUUCCCCCCUUUUCAGGAAAAAUCAUGAAUAUUUACUCCCACACCACUUAACAUAGAAUUGGAAAAUCUAUGUAAAGGGAAAGAAUCUUACUAAACCCAGAGUCUUCUAUACUUGAAAGAUGUUCUCUGGAGAGUACUGUUCCCUAAUAAAUUUGGAUCUUUUGCAUACAUGUAUCUACUUAUUAUGCUCAUUUGUUUUCUUGUUUUAAUAUUAGUAAUCAUUCUUUGGCACCUGGAACAAAAAAUCAGGGAACAUAUACCUGUCACCUGGUCCCCAUAUGGGACAUUGGUGCCAAAAUCUGGGAGGAGAAUGCACAUCUUCAGCAAGAUACAUUAAUAGAACCAUAACCAUUGUUAAUUCACGCUGCCUGCUCCUAUUACUUAUUCCACCUACAGGUCUCACACUGCCUUUGCUUUCCAGGUAAUGUAGCUCCUUAUGUACCCCUGCUUCAUCUCUGUUUUUCCUUGUCUCCGCAAUGCACUUCAUCUCCCAUUUAGGCCUGAUAUUCAAAUGCUUAAAAAGUUGCCUCAGGCUCCACAACCAGAAUAUUCAUCCAGAUUCUUAAGGUCUUGAUAACCAGAGUGGGGAGGAAGUCAGUGAGAGAAAGCCAGGCCAGCGGCAGGCCCCAAGCGCAGAAGGAAGUUUUGAAAUGGUUGCCACCACUAUAGAAGAAGGUUGUAAAGGACAGAGUUCCUCCAUAGGCUCAGACAAGAAAAUACCAAGCCUGAGCUCUUCCCUCACUAUGACUGUUACUGGAGCAAGAAAGGGCUCAGGGAGGGGACUCUGCUGGGACCAUGCCCUCACUGGGAGUGACAUUGCCUUCUCCUGGAGAUGGCGGUUCACACUCGCCUUCCAGAUACUGUGAAAUCCCUGAACCAGCAUUCACCAUACUAUCUAGAACUCUUUCAGUUUGAUGGACACGCUCCAGGUUCAGUACAAGGUGUACUGAUGUUAAUAACAUUAGAGCUACUCCUCUGCUUUCCCUGGAUAUUCAGGGCCCCUGUUUCCCUCUCCUACAUCUGUCUUCAGAAUGGAAAGUAAAAUAAAAUUCCCCUGUGUGCUCUAAAGUCCCUCUGCUCACUGGCUGAUGAUGUUUUUGUUUAUCCCUUUUAGUGCUUUCCAACUUCCUUACCCGAUUGUUUGGAUGAAGUCUUAACUUCAGGUUAGAGGCCUAAGUUCUUUAAAUCUGCAACGCUCCUUUUUUAGGCCUUUAAAGUGAAAUGAGGUGGCUGGGGUAAAAUUUUCUUUCAAAAGAGAAAAAUUAAAGCAAGUAGGAACCAGUAUGUAGGAGAGAGAUGUGAAGAAAAAAUGAAUAUGAAGAAACCCGGGUGGUGAGGAACAUUAAGAAGAGAGAGAAGAAUUUUGUGUAGGACAAAACCAAAUAUAACAAUAUUUGUCAUAAAGUAAAUCAUGGUUUAAAAAGAAAAAUUUGGGACAAACAUAGGGCUUCAGUAUGUCUAAAGUAGUCCAUGUAAGGCAUAAUAUUUGCAAAGGUAAAUUUAUAAACAUUUUGCCUGUGAACAAGUUGGCCUGACUGAAAAGGGAAUCUCUAAUUAAAACAAUAAAAUCUUCUUUUUGUUAUCAUACUUUUUUUAAAGCCUCUUCAGAUUACUUGUGUAUUUCUUGAAUACAUCAAGUAUUCCAUGUCAAUCUGCCACUAUAGAGUUUAAAAACACAAAAAAACUAGCUCUGUAUUUUCUUCUGCCUGCCUGAAGCUGAAUCUGCUUAGUUAUGGGUGUUGAGAUCAAGAUUAUUAAACUGUCAUCACUACUAAAGGUCAUCAG